GCUCUCGAUCAAGUGUAGUCAUUGGAUUAGUAGUUGUGUGUGUUGUGACGUUUACCGCUAUUGUAAACAACAUUACUAGUCGCUAUCUGUCGUCGCAAGUAGAUUCAGUAUCUCCUAUCUGUUCAAGAGGGAUGAAUACACGCCGGGAAGUGCCGAUGCGCCACCUUUUCGAUGGUAGCGAUCUCAACGUAUACGAUCAGAACAUCGCAAACUUGUCAGCUGGUGCACCAGGGCCGGAUCUGCUGAUCGAAUGUUGUGAGAUAUUCCGCAUUGCAACAGAGCACAGAAUGAAAUUCGAGCGCGAGAACAAUUCUUAUCUCUUCCAAUACGGUCCGGCAAUUGGAACUACUGAAUUUCGCGAAACAUUAGCAACAUUCCUUUCAAAAGGAUAUGCUUGUGAAGUUAAUAAAUCAGAUUUAGUCCUUACGUCAGGCGCCACGCAUGGGCUUCACUUGAUUCUAUCAACAUUGAUUGAUUUGUCUGGCGUUAUCUUCGUGGAUGAAGUCACCUACAUGAUUGCUCUUGAGGCGUUCAGCCAGUUCGAUACGAUGAAGAUUGUCCCAGUUCCUCUGAAUGCUGACGGUCCUGAUAUGGAGAGUUUGUCGUUGCUAAUCAAUCAACACAAAUUUAAACCGUCUGGCGGAAAACUAUUCUGGGGUGUUUACUAUACCAUGCCUACGUUCCACAACCCCACCGGAAUACUGUUUACAGAAGAAAUCAACAAACAACUGAUAAGAUUAGCCAGGUUCAACGAUAUCUUGAUAGCCUGCGACGAUGUGUACAACUUGUUGCACUACAGCGUGGACGGAACUGGGAACUGCGUUGGUCAGCAGCCUCCGAAGCGCUUAUUUGCUUACGAUAUCGAUGAUAUGCACAACGAUGACUGGAUGGGUAAUGUAAUAUCGAAUGGGUCAUUCUCGAAGAUCCUUUCUCCAGGAGUUCGACUCGGUUGGAUGGAGUGUCCUCCACGAUGUGUGGAGGUAUUUCGAAACAGCGGAGUCCUAAAAAGCGGAGGAGCGGCCAACAACUAUACCGGCGGUAUCGUUACCAGCAUGAUCCAGCUGGGUUUGGCCGAACAACAGCUCGGGAAGUAUGCGCGAAAAUAUGCCGAACGCUUGAAGGCAGCCGCCGAAGUACUGAAGGCGAAGCUUCCUGCUGAGUGUUCGUUUCUAACGCCCAGUGGCGGCUACUUCAUCUGGAUCCGUUUCCCGGAGCGCGUAGACUGCAAUGAUUUCAAUCGAUAUUGCAUGCAACAUUUCGGCGUAAUGGCAAUCGCCGGUAGCAGAUUUUCCGCCGGUGACACACAUAGUAAUUAUUUGAGAUUGACAUUUGCCUUUCACCCAGUGGAUUAUCUGCGAAGUAGCGUAGAGAAGUUGUGCCAGGCAAUCGCGCAAUAUCUAGUUGAAAUUGACUCUACGAAGGUUUUGAAACAAGCAUAAUCUGUGAAGUCCAUACACAUGGUAAUUAUUAGUGUAUGCAGUGUUCAACCAAAAAAAAACUAGGAAUCCAAAUGAUUUUCUGCAUUUACUUUAAACCAAUCAUUAUCGUUAUUACACUCUUAGAAACAUUUUACAAUGCUGAGUUGGUAAGCUUUCUCGUACGAAAAAUGAUAAAGUAAAAAGAAUUAUUAACGUGA